AUGAAGAUCCAGUGGAGCUCCCCUGCUGAGCAUCCAAAGCUUGUACACGUUUACAAAGUUCAUUUACUCGACGAUGAGAUAGAGCGUAUACAUACCACUAAGCACAACUCUCAUAUUUUUGAACAUCUCAGACCUGACCGGUCUUACAGAGUCUACGUUGUGGCACACGCUUCAGAUCCGUCCAGCAAAUCUGUACCUUCUGACAUAUUGCGCUUUUCAACGUCGUCUUCCGACAGCGAUGGACCAAGCUUCAACUCAACUUUGCAUUUGCCGAAAGAAGCAAAAAGGACUACGCUUCCGUGCCAUCUGCGAAAGGGGAUAUCCACGCACAUGAUAUGGGAGAAGAAAGUAGGGUCAUUCUAUCGCCGAGUUGACGGAUCUCGCUACCACGUAACAACUUACACUUCUGAAGAUAGAAAAGAAUUGAUGCAGAUGCUGGUUUCUUCGCUUGAUAUCUAUGAUUUGAACAGCUCGGAUUUCGGCACCUACAGAUGUCACGAUAGCGGAAGCCGCAAUGACUACGGAGAGGUUCAUCUCAUUGCUUAUUCGCAUGCGCUCGAAAAACCACCGGAGAAUCCACCGGAGACGUUGCUCGAAUGCUGCUCGCGAGCAGUUUUCAAUCGGGCCUGUCUAUCCGUGUGUCACGCCGGAAGUGCGAAGCGAGGCCUCAGACCUGGAGUGUUCUACCCGGAUACUAAACUUUGUAAGGAUGACUUCCAAAAGCUUCUACGCUGCACUUUAAGUGAAAUGAACAGUGCUGGAUGCUGCAUUAGAAGAAAUAUACCAUAUCGCUGUCUUGGCAUGUGUGAUAGCAAUUUCGAGUUGACCCCGCUGAGUAGCUACAAAUGCAUGCAGUAUCAGAGUGAGGUGCGACAGUGUCAAGCAGAGGUACUGAAUCUGCGCCCCGAAGCGGUGUCAAAUCUUCGCGCUAAGACAGAAGAUGAUUUGACUUUCCUGAGUUGGGACAGAAGCGAAAAAGCUGAGGUCUACCAUGUGUAUCACAGAAGGAGAAGAGGUCCAUGGAAGUCGGCCUCCAUUAAAGGAACCACUUUAAGGGUGAUGAAUGCAGACGAGAUUGUUGUUCUUGCCGUAAACUCGUACGGGCCUGGCUCUCCUAAUCGAAUUGCGUUCGAGAACAACGAAUGGAUAGGAAAUUACGACUGA